GAGCGCCCCAAGAAGGAGAACAUCCUCGACCUUGCCAAGUACAUGGACAAGCGCAUCACGGUCAAGUUCAACGGCGGCCGCGAGUGCACCGGCACCCUGAAGGGCUACGACGCCCUGAUGAACCUGGUCCUGGACGAGGUGCACGAGGUUGUGAGAGACGACGAGGGUAACGAGAGCACGAGGUCGCUUGGGCUGGUGGUUGCACGCGGUACACUGCUCGUCGUCAUCAGCCCCGUGGACGGCAGCGAGGAGAUCCAGAACCCUUUCGCGGCGGCA